GUUCCUGAAAAUGUCACAUGAUUGUAAAGUGGAACCAUGUGACAAGCGGGAAACAAUGCCGCUUAUACAGAGCAACAGCAUUCCUAUCUGAUUCAGUGCUCAGGUGAGUCAUAGGUCGAACAUAUGAACCAUUGGACCCUGAUCGGGCGUGAGUCUUCCGAGCGUUACAACGCAGAGGAGAGAAGAGACGCGUGCACAAGAUCAUCGCGUUGUGCGGGCGUGUCAAGAGUUUACAGAACAAAAGAAGAGCACACCUAAUCGUGCAAGGUGGAGUCUACAUUUAGAGACGUGUACAAGCGACUUUGAAAUACAAACGACGUGACUUGUUUUGCUUGCGUGGCAGAAAUGGCCUCCCCGUGCGGCAGUCAGGCUCAGAGGCAGUUGGAGUGUCCCUUGUGCGAGCAGGUCCUGGACGACCCCGUCACCACUCCGUGCGGACACAACUUCUGCCAGGCUUGCCUCCAGCGCCGCUGGGGUGCCAGCGAGACUUGCAGUUGUCCCACCUGCGACAAGACCUUUGCCAGCCGGCCCGAAAUAAGCGUCAACGCCGCCUUUAAGGAGCUGGCCGACACCUUCAAGAGGAUGUCGCUAAGUUCGUCCUCCUCGCCCCCGCCCGGAGACGGCGAGGUGGCGUGCGACGUGUGCGCCGCCGCCUCCCUGCGGGUGCGAGCCAUCAAUUCCUGCUUGGUGUGCCUCACCUCAUACUGCCACACCCAUCUGGAGGCGCACCGCAGCGUGGCCACCUUGAAGAUGCACAGGUUGAUGGUACCGGUCGCCGACCUGCGGGAGCGUCUGUGCGGGCAGCACAACCAGCUCCUGGAGAUGUUCUGCCGGGACGAGCGGCGGUGCGUGUGCCGCUUCUGCACCGAGAGUCAGCACAAAGGCCACCGCGUUGUUCACAUUGACCAGGAGAGCGAGGAGAGGAAGGUCCAAAUGGCGACGACACAGGCCGACUUUGAGGAAAAGAUCCAAGACAGACAGAAAAAGAUGGAGGAAAUCCAAAACGUCCUAAAACUCGCCAAGAUAAGUGCAGGAAAUGAAAGGACGACCAACAAGACCCUCUUCGACCGCCUGAUAGCUUUGGUCGAGGAGAGACGAGGGGCGGCCGACGCCGAGGUUGAGCAGAGUGAGAGGGCGUCUGAGCAGAGGGCUACCGGACUGGUGGACGAGCUGCGGCGGGAAAUUGCUGAGCUCCGUUCGAGGAACAUCGAGUUGGCGAUGCUGAUGGACACGGACGACCAUCUGCACCUUCUACAGAGGUUUCCCUCGUUGACAUCGCCUCCCCCGACAAGAGAGUGGGCGGAGAUUACCGUGCACCCUGAGCCCAGCGUGGGGACGCUGAGAAGGGCGCUGUCCCAAAUGAUUGGCUCCAUCCAGACUGAGCUGGAAGGCCUGAAGACGGACGAAAUGAAGAGCAUGCAGAGUUACGCAGUGGACGUGGAGCUGGACCCGGCUACCGCCCAUCCCAACAUUUGCCUGUCGGAGAACGGCAAGCGGGUGGACCGCGCCGAGCUGCUGCAAGUUGUGCCCGACAACCCUCGGCGCUUCGAUCCGGUCAUCUGUGUUUUGGCCAAACGAGGGUUCUUAUCCGGCAGGUUCUAUUUCCAGGUAGAAGUGGGGAAAAAGACUUUUUGGGAUGUGGGUGUGGUCAAAGAGUCAGUAAAUAGGAAGGGCCUGAUCACCUCAAAGCCUGAGAACGGUUUCUGGACCAUGCGUCUGAGAGGCGGGGACGAGUACCGCGCUCUGGACUCACCGUCGGUGCUUCUGACCUUGGACGCGAAACCGCAAACGGUCGGCGUGUUCACCGAUUACGAGGAGGGAAUAGUGUCAUUCUUCGAUGUGGAUGCCAGGUCUCAUAUCUACACUUUCACUGGCUGUGUGUUUACCGAAAGAGUUUUCCCUUUUUUCAGCCCUGGAGUUAGUGAUGAUGGGAGGAAUUCUGCGCCACUGAUCAUCAUGAAUGUAAACCAGCAAACGCUGACACCUUCACUCCACAAUAAUGUGGCACUUGUUAACAAUUCAUUAGACUUGUCACAACAGUAAAAAAAAAA